AUGCUGGUUCCGGAAGCACCAGUCUUCCGUCCCACGCCUGAGGAAUUUGAGGAUCCACUUGCAUAUAUAGCCUCAAUCAGGGAGCAUGCGGAAUCCUACGGCAUCUGUAAGGUCAUCCCUCCUGCAGGCUGGAAGCCUCCUUUCGCCAUCGACAAGAGGAACUACCGCUUCCGGACUCGGAUACAGUCUGUCCAUGAGCUGCAGCAGAGGACAGACUUCUCGGCAGCCUCUGAGUCUUUCAACAGAGGAUUUCAGGCGUGGCUGAGGAGCCAGGGGAAGGCUGCCAAGCGCAAUCCCGUGGUGGCCGGGCAUGAGGUGGAUCUCGCCAAGCUAUAUCGCCUUGUUUCAGGGCGUGGCGGCUUCGAGCGUGUGAGCGACGACAAGCUCUGGCGCGAUGUUGCCCGUAUCAUGCAGGAUGCUGACAAGAUCCGCGUGCCUGCCAACAUCUAUGAGCUCAACUGCGAGCUGUGCAAGGGCGGCCAUCACGAGGACAAGAUCAUCCUGUGCGACCAGUGCGACAGGGGCUGCCACCUGUUCUGCCUCAACCCGCCACUGGAAACAGUGCCAGAAGGCAAUUGGGUCUGCCCCCUGUGCCGCGAGGCGGAGGCAGAGGGCGGCGCCUUCAAGGAGGGCCACGAGUACUCCCUCGCAGAGUUUGAGCAGAUUGCCAACGACUUCAAGGACCACUACUUUGGUGGCCAAGAGGUGAGCUGGGAGGAGGUGGAGGAAGCCUUCUGGAAGAUUGUGGAGGAGGGCGAGGAGAGCAUCGAUGUCAUCUAUGGCGCUGACCUGGACUCCACGCAGCUGGGCUCUGGCUUCCCACGCGUCGGCGGCCGCAUGGGCACCAACGAGUAUGCCCAGGCCAUGUGGAACCUCAACAACUUCCCUCGGCUGCAAGGUUCUCACGGCAGCAUGCUGCGUCAUGUGGACGACAGCAUCCCAGGUGUCAUGGUGCCCUGGGUCUACAUGGGCAUGCUCUUCUCCUCCUUCGCCUGGCACAUCGAGGACCACAUGUUCUACUCCAUCAACUACCAUCACUGGGGGGACGCGAAGCGGUGGUACGGCAUCCCAUCGGCGGCGGCCAACGCGUUUGAGACGGUGUUCAAGAAGGCGCUGCCAGAGAAGUUUGAGAUGCAGCCGGACCUGCUCUUCCACCUCACCGCCAUGCUGUCGCCGCGCGUGCUGCGCCAGCACGACGUCCCUGUCUUUGGCGUGCUGCAGGAGCCGGGCGAGUUUGUGAUCACGUUCCCGGGCGCGUACCACGGCGGGUUCAACACGGGGCUGAACUGCGCGGAGGCGGUCAACUUUGCGCCGGCGGACUGGCUGCGCUUUGCGGCGCUUUCGCUGGAUCGCUACCGCUGCUUCCGCAAGCCCUCCCUCCUCUCCCACGAGUGGCUGCUGCUCAAGGUAGGAGCCCCUGUAAUGCCCAUCACCCUGCAUGUUCAUGCGUGCUUUCCAUCUGCAUGA